GUGCGUCUCUUCUUCUUCUUCUGCUGCUGCAUCUUCUUCUUCUUUUUCCUGAACGUGUCGUCAGAAAAGUGCCGAAGAACCGGCGGCGUGUUUCUUCUGCCUUCUGUCUUCACUCAUCUCCUUUAAAGUUGUUCUUAUUUAUAGAGGAAUGACGGAACGAAAAGGAACCGCGAAGCUCGACUUCUUGAGGAAGAUCGAGGCGGAGAUCCAGAAGAAAUGGGAAGAGGAGAAAACUUUCGAGAGCGACGCUCCAGAGGUGGAGGCUGAGACUAAGAACAAGUACUUAGUGACCUUUCCUUAUCCGUACAUGAACGGGAAGCUGCAUCUCGGUCACACGUUCUGUCUGUCGAAGUGUGAGUUUUCAGUGGGGUUUCAGCGUUUAAAAGGACGGCACUGUCUUUUCCCCUUCGGAUUACACUGCACAGGAAUGCCUAUUAAAGCCUGUGCCGAUAAGUUAAAGCGAGAGAUGGAGCUCUACGGAAAUCCACCGCAGUUUCCCGACGAGGACGAGGACGAAGCGGAAGAGAAGCCGAAGACGGCGGAUGAGAUCAUCAUCAAGGACAAAGCAAAGGGGAAGAGGAGCAAAGCAGCUGCUAAAGCCGGAUCCUCCAAGUUCCAGUGGGACAUCAUGAAGUCUUUGGGUCUGAAGGACGAGGAGAUCGUGAAGUUUUCUAACGCUGAGCACUGGCUGGAUUAUUUUCCUCCACUGGCAGUGGAAGAUCUGAAAAGGAUGGGUGUGAAGGUGGACUGGCGUCGCUCCUUCAUCACCACCGACGUCAACCCUUUCUACGAUUCCUUUGUGCGCUGGCAGUUUGUCACUCUGAAAGACAGGAAGAAGAUCAAGUUUGGGAAGAGGUAUACGAUUUACUCUCCGAAGGACGGACAGCCGUGUAUGGACCACGACAGACAGACGGGAGAAGGAGUCGGACCUCAGGAGUACACUCUUAUUAAAAUGAAGAUGGUUGAACCCUAUCCAGCGAAACUGAGCACUCUGAAAGGGAAGAAGGUGUUCCUGGUGGCAGCCACGCUGAGGCCGGAGACCAUGUUCGGCCAGACGAACUGCUGGAUCAGACCUGAUAUGAAGUACGUGGCGUUUGAGACGGUCAGCGGAGACGUUUUCAUCAGCACGCAGAGAGCAGCCAGGAACAUGGCCUACCAGGGCUUCACUAAGGAGAACGGAGUGGUGCCUGUAGUCGCGCAACUCCUCGGCCAGGACAUCCUCGGCUGUGCCCUGAACGCUCCUCUCACUACAUAUAAGACCAUCUACGCCCUGCCGAUGCUCACCAUCAAGGAGGAUAAAGGAACGGGAGUAGUGACCAGUGUGCCGUCGGACGCUCCUGAUGACAUCGCCGCACUGAGAGACAUCAAAAAGAAAGCGGCUCUGAGAGAGAAGUACGGGAUUGAAGAUCACAUGGUCCUUCCUUUUGAACCGGUUCCCAUCAUCGAGAUCCCGGGCUACGGAAACCUUUCGGCUCCUCUGGUGUGUGACGAGCUGAAGAUCCAAAGCCAGAAUGAUCGAGAGAAGCUGGCUGAGGCCAAAGAGAGAGUCUACCUCAAAGGCUUCUACGAAGGGGUUAUGUUGGUUGAUGGUUUUAAGGGACAGAAAGUUCAGGAUGUGAAGAAACCGAUUCAGAAGAUGAUGGUGGACAAGGGUGAGGCUUUGAUUUACAUGGAGCCUGAAAAGCAGGUGAUCUCUCGCUCGGCUGAUGAGUGCGUGGUGGCGCUUUGUGAUCAGUGGUAUCUGGAUUACGGAGAGAAGGAGUGGAAGCAGCAAGCCAUAACUGCUCUGGAGUCUCUGGAGACAUUUUGUGAUGAAACGAGGAAGAACUUUGAGGCGACACUAGCUUGGCUUCAAGAGCACGCCUGCUCCAGGACGUAUGGUCUAGGUACACGUUUGCCGUGGGACGAACAGUGGCUCAUCGAGUCUCUGUCAGACUCCACCAUCUACAUGGCUUACUACACUGUAGCCCACUUGCUGCAGGGAGGAGUCCUCAGCGGACAGGGACCCUCACCUCUGGGAAUCAGACCAGAACAGAUGACCAGAGAGGUUUGGGACUUCAUCUUCUUCAAAACAGCUGCCUUUCCUAAGACAGACAUCCCUAAGGAGCAUCUGCAGAGGCUGAAGAGAGAGUUUGAGUACUGGUACCCCGUGGACGCCCGUGUCUCUGGAAAAGACCUGGUGCCAAACCAUCUCUCCUACUACCUGUACAACCACGUGGCCAUGUGGCCUGACGACAGUGGAAAGUGGCCCAGAGCGGUUCGAGCCAACGGACACCUUUUGUUAAAUUCGGAGAAGAUGUCUAAAUCCACGGGCAACUUUCUGACCCUGAGUCAAGCGAUCAAUAAGUUCUCUGCAGACGGUAUGCGCUUGGCUCUUGCCGAUGCCGGAGACACCGUGGAAGACGCUAACUUUGUAGAGACCAUGGCCGACGCUGGCAUUCUGCGUCUCUACACCUGGGUAGAAUGGGUCAAGGAGAUCAUCUCCAACCAGAGCAGCCUGAGAACCGGGCCUGCCGACACGUUCAACGACCGAGUGUUCGCCAGUGAAAUGAACUCAGGGAUUAUUAGAACUGAGCAGCAUUAUGAGAGGAUGAUGUACAAGGAGGCCCUGAAGACUGGAUUCUUUGAGUACCAAGCAGCUAAGGAUAAGUACCGGGAGCUGGCCAUCGAGGGAAUGCACAGAGAUCUGGUGUUCCAGUUUAUUGAGAACCAGACCCUCCUGCUGGCGCCUAUCUGCCCUCACCUGUGUGAGUACACCUGGGCCCUGCUCGGAAAGAAUGAAUCGUUGAUGAAGGCCAGCUGGCCAGUGGCCGGCCCAGUGGACGAGGUUCUGAUCCGGUCCUCACAAUACCUGAUGGAGACGGCCCAUGACCUGCGCCUUCGCCUCAAAGCCUACAUGCAGCCUCCCAAGAACAAGAAAGGAGACAACAAACCACCAGGCAAACCUACUCACUGCACAGUGUACGUGGCAAAGAGUUAUCCGCCCUGGCAGCACAGCGCCCUCUCUCUCCUGGCCAAACACUACAAGAGCAACAGUGGAGCUCUUCCUGACAAUAAGGUGAUAGCGGUGGAGCUGGGCGCCAUGCCGGAGCUGAAGAAGUACAUGAAGCGCGUCAUGCCGUUUGUGGCCAUGAUCAAGGACAACCUGGAGAAGAAAGGGCCGAGGGUGCUGGAGCUGGAGCUGGAGUUUGAUGAGCGAGCAGUCCUGCUGGAGAACAUUGUUUAUCUCACCAACUCUCUGGAGCUGGAUCAGAUCGACGUCCUGUUUGCCUCCGAAGGGGACGAUAAAGUGAAGGAGGACUGCUGUCCAGGAAAACCGUUCAGUGUGUUCAGAUCUGAGCCCGGAGUGUCGGUGUGUCUGCUGAACCCUCAGCCGUUCAACGGACUUUUCUCCUCUCAGAUCGACAUCCGGCAGGGAGACACCAAGGACAGCGUCACUCGCCGACUGUACAGAGCCAACCGAGGCAUCAAAGACUUAUCCAAAGUGAAGCUGAUGCGUUUUGAAGAUCCGCUGCUCGGCCCUCGCAGAGUUCCCGUGCUGGGGAAGGAAGAGCGGGGCAAACUGGCCAUCUCGGACACGUGUGUGUUCCACAUCAACCUGGAGGAGAAGAAGGUGCGUCUGAGCGACAACGGCCUCACGGUGGACAUCGGAGACACUCUCGUCUACUUGAUCGAGUGAGAUUUGCGACGAUUUGCGAGGGAAAAACCACCAGCGCUGCUUUCUACAGAUUGUGAAAUGGCUGUUGUAGUCUAACGACACUGCAAAAAUAAUGUCUUAGCAAGUGAAAUAUCUUGAAUAUAGUCACAUUUAUGUAGUAUUUCCUAUUAUAAGGUUACAAUAAAUAAAAUAUAAGAUCAUUAAACCUCUUUGUACUGAUUUCAGACUUGAAAUGUUAUUCUAUUGGCAGAUGAUUUCACUUCCUUCUAGAAGUAACUGCAUAAAAUUAGUAAAAUGAUCUGCCAAUAGAACAAGACUAUGUCACGCUUGAAAUUAGUAGAAAUGUCUAGAAAUAGGUUUAAUAAUCUUAUAUUUGGUUUAUUGUAAUCUUAUAAUAGGAAAUACUAGAUAAAUUUACUAGAUAAAUUACUACAUUGAAGAUUUGAACUUGCUAAGCCAUCUAUUUUUUUUUUUUUUCUGCAGUGUAAACUUACUUCCUGGUUUGAAGUUUAGAGGAAUAAAUAUUUCCCAGUUCUCUGGUCUUGUUUAGGGUUACGGUCAUUUAUACCUCGGGAUGUCUAAUGGAUUUUCCCUGCUUAUGUUAUAACAAUAAUGAUAUUAAUAAUGAGACGUUUUAGAGGUCUGCAUUGCUGUAUCAACUCAGCAUUUUGGCUUUUUUGGCACUUAAGUUAUGUAUCUUGUGUUUAUAAAUCUAUUCAGUAAGAAGCAUUUCCACUUUUUGCUGUUAUCGAGGCCCUGUUUUUUUUUUUUUUUUUUCCUCUCUCUCUUCUCUGUAAUAAAUUCUGUGAAUGCAAACUGAUCCAAAUAAACUUCUCCUUAGUAAAUGUGG